AUGGCGGGUCUCAAGAGAAAAAGAGCAACCCAUGAUGAGAUAAUAGUUGUAGACGAUUCUGCAGAUGAUGCAGAUCAUUACUUGACAAUUUCACUAAGUGGCUGCGAGUGGGUUCGAGGGCCGAUGCUCGGCCAAGGCGGAUUUGGGUCGGUUUAUUUGGGUUUCGUGAAAAAACCCAGGUUGUGUUUGAAGGGUGUGCCGAGGAUUGUGGCCGUGAAAUCGACAUUGGCCUCUCAGGCGCAUGAUCUGAUGGGGGAAGAUAUUCUUCUUUACAUUUUUCGUCACUGCCCUUUUGUUAUCAACUGCUAUGGAGAGGAUGAGACGAUUGGCGCUGAUGGCCGUCAUUUAUUCAAUGUAUUCUUGGAGUACGCGGAUGGAGGAACAAUGGCGGAUUUGAUUGAGAAAUCAAGGGGUUUUGGGUUGCGUGAAUUCCAAGUCAGAAAGUAUACAGAGUCGAUUUUGAAAGGGAUUAAGUACAUCCACGAAAGGGGUUUUGUGCAUUGUGAUCUCAAGCCUGAGAAUAUUCUGCUUGUGUCUAAUGCCGCUGGUUCCUCUGGUGGUGCUCGUUUUGUGCCGAAAAUCGGAGACUUGGGGCUCACAAAGAAGGCAAAUCAGAAGUGGGAGAAGCCUUCCUUUGGAGGCACACCAAUGUAUUUGUCUCCAGAAGCCGUGGUUUAUGGAAUUCAACAGCAGCCUUCUGAUAUUUGGGCGUUAGGUUGUGUUGUGCUGCAAAUGUUAACUGGGAGGCAUCCAUGGGAUUUCACACCUGGCGCCGUAUUUGACGUUCGGGACCUGUUGACUGCCCUGCUUGUUUCAAGAAUUCCUACCAUUCCUGGUUGGUUAUCAAAAGAGGCUAAAGAUUUCUUGCAAUGUUGCUUUAUGUGGAACACUUCAGAGAGGUUUACUGCUGCUAUGCUCUUGAAUCACCCAUUUGUCACUAAACUGGAUAAUGGGGUUGGAGAGGUUACACCAAUUAAGCAAGUGUCUUCUGCAGUGGCUUCCUCUGGUCCGGAUUGUCCUAGUUUCAUACCCCUUGGAAGUUGGAAGUCUGAAGAUGCAGAGGAGAUGACUCAAGAAAAUGUUGGUUUUUCUGAGCAGGAGAUUCUUCCUCUGAAGCUCAUGUCAAGGCAUGUGGUUCCAAGCCCAAAACCAUCAACUUUUGCUAUAAUGGGUGCAGCUUAG